AUGCCGCCCUCUCACCAUGGUCCGAGUGCCAUUUCAUCCCCGUCCUUUUCGCAGCAGAACUAUUCUCAAUCAGUAAGCAAAACGGAUUAUUUGGAAUGCUUUGCCUCUUGCUCAGGGCCCCGCGGAGGAGACCCCACUUCACACUCCUCCGAUGCUUCCAGGGAAGAUGGGAAUAGCAAGGUCAGUUUAGCCUCCUCCGUGGUGGAGCUAAUGAAUUCCAUACCGGACGAGGAAGGACUAGAGGAGGUCAAGGUGGUGGCGCAGAACCACCUGAAGGCCACUGAGGAGGGAGAUGGAAAAGAAGAAAUGCUGCGACCCCCAUCUCCAUUUGUGGUUUUAGGCUACGGGGAACGUGGCGGUGACCUCACAACGAAUGGGGUAGCUGAUGUCAGCAUCGUUGACCUGGAGACGGAGCUUGCAAAGUUGAGGAAAGAACUCUCAAAGCUCCGUAGGGAGGAGGAAAAACGACGACAGCAACUCUACGAGGUGUGGAAGCAGAAAAAUCCAAAGGUGACAAGAGGACUAUCUUCACCUCUUUGUACGUCGAGAGGAAGGAAAAACCGAAAUAGGAAGGCAGCAUCAACUGUCGAUGACGUGACUGUGGUCAAAUCGAAUGGAUCUGACGUAACUUCCAGCGUGAUAUGUAAUACGAAGGCCAUAUGCAAUGGAAUCCUUACGCCCCCGGCUGAGGAUGAAGGGGCACACGAUGGAGAAAAGGACACGGGAAACGCUGCUGUGUUGGAUCAGCCGUUUCACGGACAUAAUAACGACAACAAUUUUUUGUUCAGUGGUAGAAGACCUCGGGCGACACGGAACGGGAUGGUUGCUGACCCCUCCGAUUCAUUUGGCAAAUGCACUAGUUUGGGAAAUGAUGGUGGCUCUUUGGCGUCUCGAUUUAACCCGCCCAAUCUUUAUGAUUUUCCGAAGGCUGGAAGGUGUUGGUUGGGAGGAAGACGUGCCAGGAAAUCCACUUAUACUGUUGCUGCUGCUGCCGAUGGUCAUGGCAAUGAUGAUGCUCCUACUGGAGAUAACCGCGGUGAAGAGGAGACUUCUCUCCCGUGUGUGGAUAAGAAAAGCGGUGUUAAUGGGUGGAAGACCCACGACGGGGAAUUGGAUUUUUCUUAUUACUCCCUUAGUUUAGUGCAAACUGGUAGUGCGGGGAUGUUGGAAUUUGUUUUUGACGAGGACGACGCUGUCAAACGCAGGGCAUUCCGUGACGCUGAGAAUAAACUAAUGCUGGCAGAGCAGCGCAUUCUUUUGCAGAUGGAAACACUUCGCCACGGUCGCCCACAAGCCGGUAGACACUACUGGCAAAGCAAUGAGUCCGUCACGCAUUGUACACGUUGUGGUAAACCUUUCUCCAUAACAGUAAGGAAGCAUCACUGCCGCCGCUGUGGUAUCCUCCUAUGUAAUGAUUGUUGUUCGCAGGUAGGGCGUGAUAUGUAUGCGUUACAACAUGACAGGGUGAGUGAGCAGGAGGAGGACGAGGAGGAUGUUGUUGUUGUGGAUGAUAACGGGGAGAUUCAGGCCACUGUGGCUGUUGAAAGCACCAAUAACCAAAAGAAGGAAUGUGAUUGGAUGUUUGACACGUAUGAACUCACAGAUGGCACGAACUGGCGGCAAGAAGAGGGUGAUGAGGACAAAUUGUUCUCCCAGCGUUCGAAGGUUGCGGCGUCUCACACCACACGGGGAUCGGGGCGUGGACGUGGUGGACUCAAAGUACGCUCUGCCCCAUGGUGCCGUAUUUGUAAUUGCUGCUAUCUCAUCUGCCUGCGCGCCCGUAUCGAGAGGAAUUACAGCGAUGUCCUUAGCGAUGGUCGCCGCCGCUUUCAUGUGCUAAGGGAUGAUGAACAGGCGUUUACAAAUUUAAAUAUGGCGUGGGAGGCACGAGUCGCACAACUAGACGUGUUGAAGCAUCUUAUUGUGGAACGUGCCACAAGCGCUGCGCAAGGGCAGAUGGGUCACUUUGCCGGUCUCUUCAAGGAAUGGAUGCGCAGCUUGGGGCGACGCACAGAGCAGAACCACAUUGAGAGCAACAGUGACCGCAGUAACUGCGGCAGUGAAAGUCAGUGA